CCAAUCAACGAAAACGGCACCGUUUAGUCCAAAAAUGAAGGUACUUCCAAACAGGUGAGAAAAAUCUUUGGAGCCUCCAAAAAAGGGUCUGGUGUUUGAGAAUCCUGAGCCUGACGCCUGAGCUUCCGAUAAAGGACCUCAAUCGUACGCUCUCUCAUCAUCUUCCAGAAGCCCAACCAUCGUUUCGACAAGACAACCCAAUCUCAAAGGUCAAGCCUUUUCAAAUCUCUAUUUUUCCCUCUUUCAAUAACUAUCUUUCUGCAUUGUUUUCUUCGAUUCCAUCUCAAUUCACGUUGACAAUAUAUGGCCUUAACAGGCAGGAGAAUAUGAUCAAGGGUGCGUCAACAUUUAUGCAUAUCAAUCCAGUUAUGGUGGAUUCCAUAGAAAAGUCAACGGAGAAUGUGAGGUCUUUUAAGAACACAACUUCUUUGCCAAUGUCCAAUGGUGAAGUAAAAGUAAUGAUUGAGGCCAACCGAACGCUGCAGCCUUCUGUCGUUAGGUCCUUUGAGAUGGAUAUUGACAAAACUAAGAAUCCUGAACAAUUGACUUUAGUAAAGAGAAAGAAAAGAAGGCGGAGACGUAGGAAGACAAAGCCAAGUAGUGUGGUUCAAAACACUACUUUAGUUCAAGAGCUGUCCGAGGUAGAUUGCCCGAGCAGGGAUGACCAUUUGAGUACUAUACUUACGACGUUAAGUCUGUUUCGUGAGAUAAACACCAAGGCUGCAGUUAAUACUUCAGGCAUUGUUAAUACUAUAAAUGGAGAAAAUGCCACGGCAGGGUUUUUCCAUACUUCAUUUCCAAGAAUGCCUUUUACACGUUCAAAAAAGAAGCUUCUAGUUCUAGAUAUAAAUGGAUUGCUGGCUGAUAUAGUUACUCCUCCUCCGAAGGAGUACAAAGCAGACACAAACAUUAAAAGACGGGCAAUUUUCAGUAGGCCAUCUUGCCGUGAUUUCCUAAAUUUCUGUUUUGAGCGAUUUGAAGUCGGUGUAUGGUCCUCAAGAUCUGACAAAAUCGCUUCAAAGGUGAUCGAUUAUCUAAUGGGAGAUAUGAAACACAAGUUGCUGUUUUGUUGGGUAAGUAACUUCAAUUUUUCCCUAGAUUUCUGCCUGCAUAUGCUUUUUCUACAAUGCCUUUUGUUUCACAUAUGUUAUAAUUAUCUGCUUAUCUUGCAUGUUACAAUACAUGCUGCUCUGUUUCAGGAUCUAUCUCGUUGCACUGCAACUGAGUUCAGAACUCUUGAAAACAGACACAAGACCUUGGUUUUUAAGGAACUGAGGAGAAUUUGGGAAAAACAUGACCCUGAUCUUCCAUGGGAGAAGGGGGAAUAUAAUGAAACUAAUACAUUGUUGUUGGAUGAUUCACCUUACAAAGCAUUGCUUAAUCCUGCAUAUACUGCAGUCUUCCCUCAUUCAUACAAUUUUCAGAAUUGGAGCGACAAUUCAUUAGGUGCUGGAGGUGAUAUUAGGGUCUAUCUGGAAAAAUUGUCUGCAGCUGAAGAUGUUCAGAAGUUUGUGGAGCAAAACCCAUUUGGUCAAAUGCCUAUUAGUGAAAGUAAUGAGUCUUGGGGUUUCUACUUCAAAGUCAUGAGUGCAAUGUAUUCCUUGCCAAGAUCAAUAUAGUGCACUUCAGAAUAUUUUAAGUAUUUAUGUUUUUUGAUUGAGGUUGGGGCUUAGUAGCGGUUACAGAGGAGCAAGCUGCCAUUAAUACACAGCAAAAGAAGAAGAUAAUCCCAUUUUGUUUCAGAUAUACCUUUUGGAGAAACAACAGUAUAUAAUACUGCAAGUGUUACAUUUUUUGGAUGUUGACCUUUCUGGGUUUUCCAGUCACAAAAUUGGCCAAUAUCUCACUAUAGUCAUUAUUUUAAGAUCAGUUAGUUAUAGGCUAGUACUUUCAUAUUUCACAGAUGUCUGCUUGGAAACAACUGAUUUCUAAAUAUAUUUAUUUUAUUUGGAAGAAGCAAAGAACAAAA